AUGGCCAGAGAAGGAGGCAGCGGUUCAAGCGUAGUUCCGUGUGGGAAGUCUCUUCUGGCCCAAGACUUUCCUGCGACUGUCAUAGACGAGCCGAGGGACGCGGAGCUGCGCCUCGGCAGCGCUUCCCCGCGUCCCUGCCGAGCCCAGCAGCCCCGUGGUGCCGAGCACCCACCGCAGCGCUCGGUGCCGGGCGAGGACCCUGUGCGGCCGCGGGGGAGCGGCUGCAGGUUGCCGGCCGGCCCGAGCCCUGCCCCGCGGCGGCCGCCCCUUCCCCUCCCGGGGGCGGGCGGCGGCGGCGGCAGCGUUAGGACCCGGCGGCGGCUGCGGGGCGGGGGGGGAAGCGCAGCCCGGCGGUUGUUUACUGGGGAGCGCCGGAGCAGGGCUCGCCGAGCUGCGCGGCCGGGCUGGCGGCGGCUCCGAGGAUGCUGCCCGGGGCCCCGCGGCGGGCGCUGGGCGCUGCGCUGCUGCUGGGCUCGCUGCUGCUGCUGCCGCUGCCGCCGGCCGCCCGCGGCGCCGAGGGUGAGUGUGAGCGGCGGCCCUUUGUGGGGGACAAAGGCCGGGCUGGGGAAGGGGGAAGACCCCCGUGGGGGAGGCGGGGGCCGGGCUGGGGGCGGCGGUGGCCGGCCCCCCGCACGGCUCGGCUCGGCUGGUCUCUCCGCAGAGUGCCUCCGCGGCAACGGUGCGUCCUACCGCGGCACCCGCCGAGUGGCCUCCGGCGGCGCCCCGUGCCUCAACUGGCUGAGCGUGCGGAGCCCCGCGCUGCCGGCAGCAGUCAGCGAGGACCACAACAGCUGCAGGAACCCGGACGGCGCCGCCGCGCCCUGGUGCUUCGUCCGAAACGCUGCCGGAGACCCCGAGCGGAGACCCUGCGACAUCGCCCCGUGCUCAGACGCUACAGCUGCCACAGCCCCAGUCCCUACAGCAGAGGUUGGUGCUUCUCAGGAGGAUGAGCAGGUGUUUGAACCAGCUGAUACGUUGCCCUCCCGGAGCGAGGCAGCCGCAGUGCAGCCCGUCAUUGGGAUCAGUCAGAGAGUGCAGAUGAACUCCAAAGAAAAGAAGGACUUAGGGACACUAGGGUAUGUGCUGGGGCUGAUCAUGAUGGUGAUAAUCAUUGCCAUCGGAGCUGGCAUUGUCCUGGGAUACAUCUAUAAGAGGGGGAAAGACCUGAAGGAGAAGCACGAGCAGAAGGUUUACGAGCGGGAGAUGCAGCGCAUCACGCUGCCCCUGUCCGCCUUCACCAACCCCGCCUGCGAGCUGGUGGAGGAGAACACCAUCGUGGUGCACACCACCCAGACCCCCGUGGAGGACACGGGCAGCGGCCCCCUCAUGGGGCAGGCGGGGACUCCUGGUGCCUGAGUGGCUCGGGCAGGACAUGCAGGCUGAGCAAAGCCUCCAGCUUCCCACUGUGAGUGCAGGGGGUGCGUGUGUUCAUUUCUGUUUUGUUUUCUUUUCGAUGAACGCCGGCUGAGGGUGACGCAGAGGAGCAGAGCAAUGGGCUAUUCAUCACCAUCUGUUGGAGGGGCACCAUUCAGUGCAGGACUGCCUGGGGACUGGUGUGGUGGACCCUGCUGCUUCCUCCCACCUAUCUCCAUGGUGUGCCAAGGAGCUGGGGGGGAUGAUGAGCCAGGCUCACGACUGGCCAGAGAUCCCAUAGCCCAGAGUGUGGUCUUGGCUUCCUCUUUUUCUGUUCCUUUCCUAUUUAA